CAGGGGGAGGAGCCUCCGCGCUGAACCUGGGUGUAAGGGAAGAAGUUCAAUGUGCAGCGGAGCCGGAGAGCUGCGUGUCCAGUGACAGGUCGGUGCGGGUCCCGGGGAUGAGCAGACCCCUGCAGACUAUUACCUCGGGCUGGAUCACAGGGUUAAUUGAAGAAGUUAUUACCAUCGGGUCAGAGGACGGGGACGUCACAAAAGGAUUAUUGCUCUCCUGUGUGCUACAACUGGUCUUCAUGUUGUUGCUUUGAUGUUGGUGAAGUAACACCGCUUCUUUGAUUCUGGAGCUGAAGGAAUGUGUGCACGCCAAACAGAAGAUGAAUAAGCAAUUGUAUUUAUCUGGUGUUCUCUGGCCUGUGUAUAAGAAAAUUACCGGGAGUCUCUGUUAUAUUUCCUGAGUGGGGAACGGAAUCUUAAUAUGGGGGAAGAAAGGAACCUGGGGGUGUCACAGAAGAUGUUGUCCCCUUCUCGGAGUACAAGCAGUUGCUCUUCAAAGCUGGGGAGCCGCCAGGAUAGCUGGGAAAUUGUCGAGGGCCUCAGAGGAAGCACAAGCUGUACACAGGAACCUAAAAAAAAGGAGGGUUUCUUACUUAAGAAAAGAAAAUGGCCCCUAAAAGGCUGGCACAAGAGGUACUUCUACUUGGACAAGGGAAUCUUAAAGUAUGCCAAGGGUCCGACUGAAAUGGAGAAAGGUAAACUACAUGGCUGCAUUGAUGUUGGACUUUCUGUGAUGUCAGUGAAGAAAUCAACUAAGUGCAUUGAUCUGGACACAGAAGAACAUAUAUACCACCUCAAGGUUAAACUUCCAGAGAUCUUUGAUGACUGGGUGUUGAAGCUCCGCGACCACCGUCUUUACCGUCAGAAUGAAAUUUCUGUGUUUCCUCAUGAUAUAAAUACUCAGUUUUUCCCACUUCUCUCAACCACAGAAUCAGCUUCAAGUUUUGAGCCCCUUGCCUCUCCACAGGAAACUCCAUUCACAAGGCAGAAUUCACUGAAGCUGGCAGGCGGCCUAAACUUUUCCUGUUUGAAUAAUGACAGCAGAGUCCCAGCCUGGCUCCAGUCUAAUGAUGAUAUGGAUAAAUGUGCGAAAGAUCUUUCACAGUGUCACAGCUAUCUAGUGGAAAUGAGUCAACUUCUUCAAAACAUGGAGGUUCUUCAUAGGACAUAUUCUGCACCUGCAAUAAAUGCCAUCCAGGUUGGUAUUCUUGAAAGUUCCAAGAAAGAAAAAGGAAUGCACAGGAAGAAGUGGAGAACAAAAGGCAAUAACAAAGAUGCUAAAAGCUCCUUACAGGUGCCACCAACUUUUGCUGGGAACGUAAGGUUGCACGCUUCCAACCCGAACCUCUCCACCAUAGAUUACGCAGAGGAGAAACAAUACUCCAGCGGGUCCGACAGCUCCGAGUUCUCCAAGUUGCAGGAUGAUUUGUAUCAUAUUGCACACAAUGCUUAUUUCACUUUAAAGUCUGCUUAUGGCACAGUCUUCGCAGAGCGAGAGAAGCUUAAGCAGCUAUUAGAGAAAGACUCUUCACCGACCUCUCAAAUGAUGGGUUUGAAGAAUGCCUUAGCAGUGGCUGUAAAACAAAAUGCUGAACUUAAAGAACGCUUACACAGAAUUCAUGCUGAUUCUUUGCUUCAUGAUUCAGCCCGUACUGCAAAGUGCAGUCCAGUAAAGGAGAUGCCUUGUGAGGAGAAUAGACCUUUGGUUCAUCAGAUAUCCAAUGAAAGCCGCCUGUCUAUCACAGAUUCCCUGACAGAGUUCUAUGAUGCUCAGGAAGUUCUACUGUCUUCGAGCUCAUCUGAGAAUGAGAUCUCAGAUGACGACUCGUAUGUCAGCGAUAUAAGUGAUAACAUAUCAGAGGACAAUCUGAGUAAUGACAUUGACAGACAAUCACUAGAUGGGACUUCUGUGGUAGACGGUUUUCCAAAGCACCGAACGUGUCUUCCAGCUCCCUGUCCAAACACGAGUAAUAUCAGUUUAUGGAACAUUCUCCGGAACAAUAUUGGGAAGGACCUCUCCAAGGUGUCCAUGCCCGUGCAGCUAAAUGAGCCCCUCAACACUCUGCAGCGUUUAUGUGAAGAACUUGAAUACAGUGAACUUCUAGACAAAGCAGCGGAGACCGAGGACCCAUUUGAAAGAAUGGUUUACAUUGCCACCUUUGCAGUAUCGGCAUAUGCGCCCAGUUUCUAUAGGGCUGGUAGCAAACCGUUUAACCCUGUGCUCGGAGAAACCUAUGAAUGUGUAAAUGAAGACAAAGGAUUCCGGUUUAUUGCAGAGCAGGUGAGCCAUCACCCGCCCAUAUCUGUUAGUCAUGCCGAAUCUGACAAAUUUGUGUUAUACCAAGAUAUUCGGUGGAAAAAUAAAUUUUGGGGUAAAUCUAUGGAGAUAGUCCCAAUUGGCACAACACAUUUGCUUCUGCCAGCAUUUGGGGACCAUUAUGAGUGGAACAAGGUGACCUCCUGUAUUCACAACAUUUUAAGUGGCCAGAGGUGGAUAGAACAUUACGGAGAAAUAAUAAUCAAGAACACCAAUAAUAACAAUUGUCACUGCAAAGUCACCUUCAUGAAGGCAAAGUAUUGGAAUCCAAAUGUACAUGAAAUUGAAGGUUCGGUGUUGGACAGAAAUGGUAAAGUUGUAUGUCGGUUGUUUGGAAAAUGGCAUGAGAGUCUAUUCUACGGGUCACCCUCCUCACCAAUCUGCAUCUGGCGGACAAAUCCUAUGGCCAAAGACCAUGAGCUGUACUAUGGGUUUACAAAGUUUGCACUACAGUUAAAUGAACUUGAUCCAAAGACAAAGCUGCUGCUACCGUCUACGGACACCAGGCUCAGGCCAGACCAAAGAUUGCUUGAAGAAGGAAACGUGGACGGAGCAGAAGCACAAAAACAGAGGAUAGAGCAGCUGCAGAGAGAGAGGAGAAGAGUUUUCGAGGAGAACAAUCUGGAGCACCAGCCCCGGUUCUUCAGAAAGUCAAGCGAUGACACGUGGAUGACGAACGGCACAUACUGGCAGCUACGAAAAGAUCCAGGAUUUGCUAAAUUGGACUCCCCCAUAUUGUGGUGAUGACAAAACACGGCCAUGCUCUGUACUACCGCUAUUCAGAAUCCUGGUGAAACUGAUGCACAAUGCAGUAUAUUUAUUAAUGAAAGAUGGUGGAAUUUCCACGUGUGCAGCCAGUUGUUCGUCGGAUAUCCGUCCACAGGCAUCAAGUCUAGAUCUUCUCCAUUGACAUGAAUUCGACCAUCUAUCGUCCCUAUAACAUGAAUGGCCUCUUCUCUCUGCUUCAUAUACACGGAACCUACAGAUAUAGAAGCCAUAACUUUUAUCUUUUAAUUCCACCCCUGUGAUGUUGCAGUAUGUAGCACCUCCAUAUCAUCUGCUACUUCUGCUCUUUCUAGACCUUGAUUCCAUCAACGUUUACUACCCGUAUAGUGUCUGGCCGCUCUUUUCAUGGCCACUAAAAAGCAUUGUGGUUUCUUCUCUGGGAUGUAACAUCUGUGCUUUGUCUUAUGCGUCUGUCUGUAGUAUUAUAAAUUAGGUUAAAUCCAAGUCUCUGCAGAGGAGCUAACAGCUUCCUUAACACUUAAAGCCAUUAGCGUACAGAGCCACAGGAAAUGAUGAGCGCUGUAAAAUGAUGUGUUGACUUUUAAGCACUUUAAAUAAGUCCAAAGCGAACAGGAAGUGAGAAUCCAGGCCAGGUGAUACAGUGCAAUACAAUAGAGAGCGAAUACCGCUGAUCCAAGAAAAGGUCACAGUGGCUUUCCAGAAGUGGAUGUUCCAUGAAUCGUGUAUUGGAUUAAUGAUCAGAAGUCAUUCCAGAUAAUUUUUCUACAUUUAUAGAAUAAAAUGUUCCCUCCUCCAUGGUGAACGCACUGAAUCAAUGUCCGAACUGUUCACAAUGUCAUUAUGUCAAUUGAUCAACUAUUCGUUGUUGUAAAAACACAUUUACAUGGCAGCGAGAUUCUUUCAUUUGUUAUUAUGUGCUCUUAUGUCUACAGCCUGAUCAAAGAGGUAGGGAAUCUUACCAAUGAACUACUCUCUACGGUGACAGCAGUAAAUAACAGCAGUCAAGGGCCAAGAUGGCCUCACACCUCAACGGGGUAAGAAAUGCACCAAAUGCCACUGAAAAGGGGUACCAAUUAAUAUGGAGGUAGCUGCUCAGCCUUGGAGGUCACAGGGUCGGGGCAGUCAGUCUUGUCCAAAUCAGCCAAUAUUGGGAGAAAUUUUUUUAUAAUAAAAUGAUGACAUGCAAUGACGUGUUUCGGGGUUACUGGCUCCCUUCCUCAGAUACUAUCUGAGAAAGGGGGACAGUACCCACAAAACAUGUCAUUUCAUGUCAUCAUUUUAUUAUUUUAUUAAGGAAGCACUAUCAGUGUUUUAACCAUACCUAAGCACUUGGAAUUCUUAUCUGUGAUCAGUGCCUGAACUCGCUAGGGGUCAUUUGGUUCUGCCAAUAUCAGGUUGGAUUGCAGUCAGUUACAUACAGUUGUUCUGCAUGAGAUAAAUGUCAUAUAUGUGAAUGAAAACCACCAUCUUCCUCUAGAUCAGUGUUUCCCAACCAGGGUGCCUCCAGCUGUUACAAAACUACAACUUCCAGCAUGCCCGGACAGCCUUCAGCUGGAGGCACCCUCUUUGGGAGACAGUGAUCUAGAUCUAAUAGAUGUAUUUAUGGGAAAAUCAGAAGACUUAGUUGAUGCCUCAGCAAGUGUGAUGUUUUCUAAUAUGCAUAUGUCUGAACAUGUGCCAGUGCCGCCUAAGAUAGUCUGGAUAAGAGGAGGCAGACAAACAGCCUGUACUAAAACGCAACGGUUACAGUGCAGAUUUCUGCAAAGUAUUUAUAUGCCUUAAUGAGAUUUCCGUAAAAUACCUUUCACACCCUACAAAAAAAAUCGCACAGAAAUUGACCAACAGUGAAGACUUUAUAUUUGCAGCAUGUCCUUUACGAAAUCCAAGUUACAGAAAUGUUGUAGCGGUUUACACAACUCCCCCCAUCAAGCUUUAUGGGAGGUACUCAAAAGUGCAUAAGGCCAUGUUUACACGGCGGAAUUUCCUAGCAAAAUCUGGCGGGAAAAUUUUGCUCAGAAAUUCCAUUGUAGCAGAGUCCAAUGAUUCUGCUGCAGCAUUCACCUGGCGAAAUUUCCGAUAGGUCCUUGCACCGGCAUGUUCCAGCCUUUCAGUCAGCGCCCGCUAUUUGCAGAAUGUCCGGCCGUGUUUUCCUCAGGGGGUGGUGGGACAUUCCGCAAAAUUUCCGCUGUGUGAACAUGCUAUUUUUGGCUUUCUGAACACCUCUGCCCACCACAAACAGACUGGACGGGACUGGAGGGCCUCUUUCUACAAAUAGGGGGAGGUCCCAGAGAUUGGACCCGCAUUUAUCUAACAUUUAAAGGAAAUCUGUCACCAGUGUCACCUGCACUAACCUGUUGGUAUCGACAGUGAGUGUAGGUGACACUGAUGACAACGGUACUCACCUUGUCCCAUUCCGUGUAGUCUUUCUCUGGUAAUCUUCUCCAGUAUCUUUAGGCCCAGCUUGGAGCAUGGGCGGAGCUUAGUGAUGUCACCGCUGCUGCUCUCUGCUGGAUCCUGCUGCUAGCAGACAGCAGCAGUGAUGUCACUAUGCUCCAAGCCAGGCCUAGAGCUGAAGAUGUUGGAGAAGA